UUUUGCUGUUUCGGUGGAUUUUCGCGCCAAAACGCAUCUUUGGCGCGCUUUUCCCCCCUUUCUUUCUUUCUUUCAGCUUCCCUUCUUUCGCCUCUCCCUCUGUGUUUGAUUCGUUCCACUGCAAUCCAUCAUUGCAUCCUCCAUGCCAGUGUCUCGAUCGGCUGCCAAGUCGGAGGCAUCCGUGCCAAUGGAGCUGGCUGACGACGACAACCAUGAUCGUCCCAGCCAGAGCAAGAGGGCUGCUUCUGCCAGCGCCAGUGAGCCACCACGCAUUUCGGUCAAGCGCACCCACUCUGCUGCCAACAAUGGCUCGUCUGAAGCGACCGACGCAGCAGCCGAGAACAACGACCAACGUGAGACCACCGUCAAGAAGCGUGCGUCUGCGCGCGGCGCGACCACCUCGCAUGCAAGCGCUGCAACGGCCACGCAGCCCAGUUCAGCCAGCAGCGACGACGACGCCGACGCCAAGAAGCGCAAUCCACGCGCAUCACGAGCCAAGAUCGCGCGGACGGCAAGCGACGCUGCCGAUGGCAAUGACCAGGACGACGCAGAUGAAGAAGCUGCGGCCGCGUCGUUCGCGAGCCCCGCUGCAUUGCCGCAACUGUCUGGCAAAGCUGGCAAAACCAAAAACGCAUCCUCAGAACAGACCCCCGAAGUGUCGCCAGUCGUAGGCCGGAGCAAGCGCGCUGCCCGAUCCACCCCCAACAGCCCCGCUGCUGCUGCUGCUGCUGCUGCUGCUGCUGCUGCUGCUGCUGCUGCUGCGCGAAACACAACAACGAGCGCCGCAGCUCUCUGGAACGCUCCCAGCACGAUCGACCAGCCCGACUUGCUCAAGGAGGUGAUUGAUCCAAAGUGCCCAAUCUCUGUGCGCGCCGCAGCCCGUUGCGGCAUCCCGUUUUCCGAUGCGGGUGAGCUGCUCUUGCCGUUCAAGAAGGGCAACGUGACCAUCCACUCGCUGGGCCAGCUGGUGACUGACAAGACGCGCAUGGCCGCCUUCCACACGGAGCGGCUGCUCUUUCCAGUCGGGUUUGUGUGCUCGCGCGAGUACACGAGCGUCGUCAACACGGCCAACAAGACGCGGUAUUUUUGCCGGAUUGUGGAUUCUGGAACCUUGAUGGGACCCGUGUUUGAGGUGGUUGCCGAGGACAACCCGUCGCGAGUCUACUCUGGCACGUCGGCCCCGGCGCCAUGGGCAUCGAUUUUGAAGGACAUUCAGCGGCAGGGCCACUCGACGCCGUUGCGCGUGCACGACAGCUUUGCGCUGGCGUUGGACCCCAUCUCGCUUCUGCUGGAAAACCUGCCUGGCGCCUCGACCUAUGUUGGCUAUCUCCGCCAGCUCGAUAUGGACGAGGACGUGUUGGCCACCACCAUCAAGGCGUCCGUACGUGGGGCGCGUCGCGCUGGUCCCACCGACCUCAACAACGAUUCGUGCGAGGUCUGCUCGCAGACUGGCGAGCUCUUGUGCUGCGACGGCUGCCCGCGGGUCUACCAUGCGACCUGCCUGAAGCUGGACACUGCCUCUCUGCCUCAAGGCGACUGGUUUUGCCCAACGUGCGUCCGCGCCAAGAAGGCCGGCACUUGGGCACCCACCCCUGCCGUCGAUGCCUCAGCCGCUGCCUCUGAGCCUGUUCUGCCACCGCCCGUAGGGGUCACGCUGUCGACUGCGACGGUCGAAGCCAACGAGCUCCGAGGUACGCUCGAUCGAUCUCAUCUCACGCUCGCCGAGCUGCUCGCCGAGAGCGACGCGGUUGACGAGUACUAUGCGACCAAGCCCGCAGGACUGGCAGCGUGUAACGCAAUCAGUGGCACCGAGCUGACCCUGCUCCGCGCCGCCACGACCGGCAAACUCACCCGGCAAGACCGCGUCGGCACCGCGGCUGCCAUGACAGACGAGGAAAAGCAAGCAGCCCGUCGGCAAAUUCGAGAACGCAAGACUGCCAUGCUGGCCAGCACGGGUGUUGAUAUCGCCGCGCGUGCUGUUGUCAAGGAGCAACUUCGCGACGAGAAGCGCAGGCUGAAGGAGGUCACCAAGGCCUCCACGCUUGCCGCCAAAGAGCAAGCCCGCUUGAACUACUUGGCCCAGAUCGAUGCAGCCCGACGUGCGCGGCAGGAUCUGGUGGACGAUCUCGAAGUCGAUUUCGGAACGACAGCCAACAAUCCAUUCCCAGCCGUGCUCGGGGCAGUGGCCGCUCCGUUCGAUCCGUUCGGGUCUGGCUUUGAGGUCAGCUCCUCUGACGGCGAUGAUUCUGUCUCGAGCGACCCAUCGGCGGCAGCAGCAGCAGCAGCAGCAACAACAACAACAACAACAAGGGGCUUGCGGCCGUCGGUUCGCGCCAGCGCCACUGUCGCAGCACGAGCGCCCGUGGAUAUGGAAACCUUUGUCCUGGCGGUUGAAUUUUGCAGGCUGUACUGCAAUCCUCUGGGCAUCCGGCCGAUUAUCACCCUGGACGACGUCCGCCAGUCGCUCUCGGGCAACUCUGCGGCCACGGUGACUGCCGCUGGUCGAGCCUUUGGAGGAUUGGUGGGCGCCGUCCUCCGCAGCGAUUUCAAUCUUGCCCGGAACAAGAAGCAGAGCCACAUCCCCCGCGUGGCCAUUUCGGCGCAAACGUGGCAAGGCCAGCUGUCCAACUUUUUCCAGGAAAAUCCUCACUUGGACCAGCUUGCAGACCCCGAGGCGCAGAAGCUCUUGGAACUUCUUGACAGGCGAGACUUUUGUCGGUGGCCGACAACGUCUCGUCUGCAAUGCCUGUGGUUGCUGUGCGACAUUCUCUCGACGUCCAACGCCUUUUUGGAUUUGGCCGACCAGCACGCCGAUGUCGUCGACGAAGGACGCAAGGAGCUGAACAAGCUCAAGAGCGAGCGCUUGGAGGAUGAGUUGGCUGCCCUCGGCGUUGCCACUACCAAGAAACCGGCGUCUUCAAGCAGUCCGGCGUCAAAGAGCAAUGCCAACAAGGGCGGGAAAGACACUGCUGAGGCCGCGGCAGAAUUGUACGCGGCAGCGGCCGUGCUUCCGUCUGCCGCGGGUCUGGCCAUCGAUGACAAGCAAGUGGGCGUUGCGUUGACUGCAGCCAUCAAUGCCGGAGACACGACCGCAACACGAAACAUUUGGGAGCGGUAUUUACAGCCCAUCCGCUCGAAUUUGUUUGAGGCCGAGCAGUUUCUGCGCUUGCGACCCGUCGGACAAGACCGCUUUUUCAAUUCCUACUGGCUGCUGUCCUCUUUCGAAGGCAUUCUCAUCCAGGGCGCGCCCGAGGCACGCUUGACCGAAGUCGUGGACGCGCUGCGGGAGGACGGGUCAUCGCAGCCGCUGCUGGAUGCGGAGGCAAUGCAAGGCUCGCCCUCGGCGAGCAGUGGUGGCGCCCGCAGCCCCAAGGAUGGCCAGUCCAAGCGUGUUGCAGCUGCGAUCGCCCAGGUGACGCAUCUCGUCGCAGAGCGGCGAAAAAAGCAGCAGCGGAACAACGCCUCCUUGUUGCGCACCGUCAAGAAAAACCUAGAGACGAGACCUGCAGCGUUCAAAGCAGCCGACAACACUACUACUACUGCUGCUGCUGCUGCUGGGAACUGGCUUGCAGUGACGGCACCAGCCGAUAUCGAUCGAUUGAUUCAGGGCUUGGACGAGCGCGGGACUCGUGAAGCUCAUCUCAAGCGCAAGCUGCUGCGACUCGUCGGGCGGAUGCAAGUGAUUGCGCGUCGCCUGCACGAUCGGAACCGCCGUCUGGCUCUUGACAAGGACAAGGAGACGACGCGCGAGAACACUCGAGCAAGCUCCAGCCGUAGCCAAGUCGGCAACGGCGCGACCAGCAACACCGCCAAACCCACCAUGACCAGCAACAGCAACAGUGGCAGUGGCAGCAGCAACGGCAGCAGCAGUAUUGAGGCAAGCACGCCUGCUGCAGCCGGGGUUCAAGGGGAGGACGAUGGCGCCGCAGUGCGCUCUCUCCUGGUCGGCUUGAUCGACCAGCUCGUUUCACUGUCGAUCGUGGGGCCAGAGAACUCUGUGCUUCUCACAACACCCGUGCCUGAUGUGCGAAAUCGCGAGCACACCCAACAGGAGCGCUUGCUGACUUCGGCGCAUGGCUUUGCCCUCCAAGUCGCCGCAUGGCGCGCGCGGGCGGCCAGCCUCACAGGUGUGCUAGCAGAGGCGCCUGGCAUGCUCCGCCGUUUGGUCAAUGCUGUGUGUGGAGUCGGGGCAGUCAAGCACUACUUUUUGGCUGGGCUCCCAGCUUGGGAUAAGCAGCUCAACGAGGUGAAAACCUUUUCGCAGCUGUUCAAUCGGAUUGAAGAGUUCCAAGAGGCGGUCAGUUGGGCGUCUGCGGCUGCCGCUGCACGUCGACGGGUGACGCGAGGCGGUGCCUCUCGGCUUCUACCUGCAGCCGCAGACACGGAUGGCAGUGACGGAGACUUUGCAGGCCGUUCGAGUGUCAAAAAGCCUCAGCGCGAGAACGAGGACCACUGCAACGCUUGCAAGGCGCGCGGCAACGUCCUCUGUUGCGACUAUUGCCCGCGCUCGUACCAUUUGAAAUGCCUCAAGCCUCCAAUGUCCAAGCCGCCGCGCGGUGACUGGAAGUGUCCGAUUUGCAAAAGCGCAACACGGCACUCUCAACGUCGAUCCGAAGGCCGUGCGCGGCCAUCAACUGACGAGGACGGAGCUGAUGACGAUCAAAGUGGCGACAGUGAUGCAGCUGGCCAUUCCGACGCUUCUGAAUCCGAAGCCGAUGAGGGAGAAGGCGAAGAAGCGGACGACGAUGACGAUGAAGCACAAGAAGGAGAAGAAGAAGAAGAAGAGGACGAGCAGCCCAUCGUGAUGUGUCAUAUUUGCAACACUGACGUUGAGGUCGGAGGAGAAGGACGUCCUCUCGUCUGCGUGUGUUGUGCCCAUGCGGCUCAUCGCGGUGUCUGUGCCAAGAAGAACUCUCCUCGCGACGUCUGGCUGUGCCAGGAUUGUACUCAACCGAAACCGGUGGUUUGGGCCAAACUUCGUGGCUUCCCAUACUGGCCAGCGCGUGUGUUGGAGACCAAGGACAGGAAGAGUCUCGUGAGCUUCUUCCAAACAAAAGACGUCGCGACCGUUGGAACAGAGUCGAUUGCACCCUUCCCGGCCGCACCUCCGCAAAAGGCGUCCUCUGCAGCACGUGCAGCUGCAUCGAUUGCUCGGCAAUACCUGAACAAGCUUGCAGAGUUGGCCAGCGGCGAUGCAACUACUCAGCCAGAUUCCAGCAGCACUCGAGCCAUGACCGAGGACUCUGCAACAGCAACCACCACAGCUGAAACAAUGAUGGACACUUCUGACUGAUGAUGAAUGUCACGAAACCAUGUUCAGCCACCAAAUGUACGCAAAAUUAGUGGCAUCCCUAGAACGGCGUCCCAAUUAAAAGAUUCAGUUGCA